GCACUCUUGCUUAUUUCCGUUGGGGAGUGCUGACUGAGCUCUGCCGUCAGAGGAGAUUUAAUGAGCUCAAAAGAUCAUUGAAUUACAUUAAUAUUUUAUAUAUAUUUUUAUUUUUUCUUCUGUGUAUAUUUCCUGGUCAUCAGCAGCAGCUUCACCAUGAGCACCAUGUUCCCAGACACUUUGCUCAUCGUCUUCAUCUCUGUCUGUACCGCACUGUUAGCCGAAGGAAUCACCUGGGUUUUAGUUUAUCGCACUGAAAAGUACAAGAGGCUAAAGGCUGAAGUAGAAAAACAGAGCAAAAAAUUGGAGAAGAAGAAAGAAACCAUCACAGAAUCGGCAGGACGUCAACAGAAGAAGAAGAUUGAAAGACAAGAAGAAAAACUGAAGAACAACAACAGAGACUUGUCCAUGGUUCGCAUGAAGUCCAUGUUUGCCAUCGGCUUCUGCUUCACAGCCCUGAUGGGCAUGUUUAACUCCAUCUUUGACGGCAGAGUCGUGGCCAAACUGCCGUUCGUGCCGCUGUCUUACAUCCAGGGACUUUCUCACCGUAACCUCCUGGGUGAAGAUUACACCGACUGCUCUUUCAUCUUCCUCUACAUCCUCUGCACCAUGUCCAUCAGACAGAACAUUCAGAAAAUGCUGGGCUUGGCUCCAUCCAGAGCGGCCACCAAACAGGCCGGUGGUUUCCUGGGACCACCUCCUCAAGCUGCCAAGUUCUCCUGAUCUGUAGUUCCGGAGCUGUCACGCUUCCCCCAUGAGUGCGCUGAGAGAAUGGGGCAAACGUAUUAAGAACUCCUGCCCUGCUCAUUUUUGUCCCUUAUUUAACCUUCCAUUUUCCCACUGGGAAACUGGGGUGAAGUUGUUGUUGUUUUGUAUUCAGCAGUUUUUAAACAAUGAAUUGUCACGCUACCAUCUGAUCCACCCAGUAUUAUCAAAGGUAAUUCUCAAUAAAACUUUAUUUGAUUUGAUUACAUUUAGAUGUCUGAUGUUUAUUAAAUAAACGUCAGUCAUU